AUGGGUCUCUCAAAGUCGACGAGGAUAUGCAUCCUCCUGGCCAUUGACACAGUCUUCUUCCUUAUCGAACUCAUCACUGGCUAUGCCGUCCAUUCUCUCGCCCUCGUGGCCGACUCGUUCCAUAUGGUCAGCCNNCUUAACGAUGUCAUCUCCCUACUCGUUGGUCUUUGGGCCGUCAAGGUCGCCAACCAAAAGACAACGUCCAAAAUGUACACCUACGGCGUAUGUACUUACAUCCGUUCUACGAAUCCUCUGGUCAACGGUGUCUUCCUCGUCGCCCUAUGCCUUUCCAUCUUCCUUGAAGCCAUCCAACGUUUCGUCGAGCCGCAAGAAGUCAGCAACCCUAAGUUUGUGCUGAUUGUAGGAUGCCUCGGUCUUGCCUCGAACAUUGUCGGUCUUUUCCUCUUCCAUGACCACGGCCAUGGUGGCCACAGCCAUGGCGGUCACUCUCACGGACACAGCCAUUCCCAUGGAAACACCAUCAGCGAUGCCGAAGAAGGCCGUGCUGCCCAGGACGAAGAUGCCGACGUCGCCGACGAGUCUGGAAACGUCGCCGAUGUGCUGCCUCAGAGCAGAGUUGCAAACUGGCCCAAGACUAAGAAGCCGACGGCGAGCGGCUCCGGAGCCAGCGAAGAUGUCGAAGUCUCACAAUCCGGCCACCGCCGUCAAAAGUCAAAGUCCAGCCGUUCCCGUUCAAGAGCAUACUCUGUAGAAGACGUGCCCGUCAACCCCUCAUCCUUCCGCCGUUCCAUCAUCGAGACUAGCAGGCUCCAAGACAUCGAAUCUGGCGAGAACACCGAGGACUCCGCCGCUGAGGACGACAACGCCGACCAGACACCCCAGCAGCCGCUCCUCAAUAAGAAUGGAGCCAACGGCUACGGUAGCAUCCAAAAGUCAAAACCCAUCGACCACCAGCAGCACAAGCACAGACAGCCCAAGGAGCAGUCCAGCGGCGGUGGCCACGGUCAUUCUCACGACGACCUCAACAUGCGUGGUGUCUUUCUUCAUGUCAUGGGUGACGCUCUCGGAAACAUUGGAGUCAUUGCUUCUGCCCUUUUCAUCUGGCUCACCGACUACAGCUGGCGCUUCUACACGGACCCCGGUAUCUCCCUCAUCAUUACCUGCAUCAUUCUCGCUUCUGCCAUCCCUCUCUGCCUUGCCGCCUCACGUAUCUUGCUUCAAGCUGUCCCCGCUGGUCUGAGCAUUGAUGACAUCAAGGAAGACAUUGAGGAGCUUCCUGGUAUCGUUAGUGCCCACCACCUCCAUGUGUGGCAGCUGAGCGACACCAAGCUUGUUGCAAGUUUGCACGUUCAGGUCGACUUUGACUUCAAGGGUGAGGGCUCGGCAAGAUACAUGGAACUCGCCCGUGCUAUCCGCGACUGCCUUCACGAGUAUGGUAUCCACUCUUCCACCAUACAACCUGAGUUCUGUCUCGACCCCGAACACGACCACUCUGCACCUCUUGCCGAUGAUAACCACUUCGCUGGUGUAGAUGGAGCCUCUUCUCGUAAGACUUUGGAUAGGCAAGCCAGCAAUGCAAACAGCCUCCGCGCCGCGGCAGAUGCAUGCUUGCUUGACUGUGAUGAUGCAUGUAAUGGCAAGAGUUGCUGUGCCCCUGCUUCUGCUGAGCCAUCGCAGGAAGACGGACAUGACCAUGACCAUAACCAUGACCAUGAUGACCAUGGCCACGGCCACAGCCAUUAG